GGUAAAACACCCCUAAUCCCUCCCUAUUUAUUUCCAAUGGGCUCCUGCAGCACAGAAACUAGUCCCUCACUUUAAUAUUUACUCAGCUGAGAGUUUGUUUUCCCUGUUGAAGAGUUUGUCAAACUUAAAGCAACUAUGACAACACAUCUGUCUCUGGCUUUGCUGCUUUGUGCACUGUUGCCCCUAGCAGAUAGCUUUUGCACCCAAGGGCCACAAAAAGUGACUGCCACACAUUGCCUGGAUGAGACGGACAAUGAGUGGCACCCCAUUGGAUCGUCUUGGAGAAACAGUGCCUGCAUGGAUUGCUCUUGCAGCGGGUGUUGCGCUGCGUUUGGCACUCCCAGGCAAUUCCCCGCAGAUUGUGUGUCCGUUUUUGACCCGGUGGCAUGUAAAUACAAAGUUCACAAGAGGGACAACCCGUCAGAAGAAUGUCCGGUUUUUGGUGCGGUUGGAAAGUAAAAGAAACAAAUGUCACCCUUCGUUGACCCUCUUUUUACAUUUGCAACACAAAAAUAUCACGUGCUUACAAAUGGAAAACAAUAAAUCAUACAAUCUCUCA